UACUCUUUCUUCCUCUUCAGAUUCCUUCUCCCCCGAAAAAAAAAAACUGAUUUUUUCCUUCUGAUGUUUCUGUUUUAAUCGAUUUUACGACACCCAAAUCGUCAAAAAUUAUUAAUUUAAGCUUUGUAAAAUAAAAAGUCAUGACCCUUUCUUCUCUCUCUAUAAAUCUCUCUCUAACUCCUCCUUUUCUUCCUAGCAACACUUGUUCUUCUUCUCCUUCUUUCUCUGCAACCACUUGUUCCCCCAGGUGUUCUUUUGCUAAUUCCCCUGUUUCCUUCGGUGCUUCUUGUCCCCAGAGAAUACCCAUUAGCUUGAUUCGCAAGAAACGUAAGCUCCUCGGCGAAGAGAGUAGGCGCGAGCUGGUUUCUGCCUCUGGGUCAAACGAUAUGACAAUUACAGAAGUUAGGGAAGAAGACGAAUCGGAGAUUGAGGCUCCGCUUCUCGAUCCUGAGUCCUACUCCAAGCCGAGGAGAAUUGCUCUCUUUGUUGAGCCUUCGCCGUUUGCCUAUGUCUCUGGAUACAAAAAUAGAUUCCAGAAUUUCAUUAGGUAUCUUCGUGAAAUGGGAGACGAGGUUAUAGUCGUAACGACACAUGAAGGUGUUCCCGAAGAGUUUUAUGGAGCCAAAGUCAUUGGAUCAAGAAGCUUCCCGUGCCCUUGGUACCAAAAGGUUCCCCUGUCGCUUGCGCUUAGUCCAAGAAUAAUCUCAGAAAUUGCUCGGUUUAAGCCUGACAUAAUUCACGCUUCAUCUCCCGGGAUAAUGGUUUUUGGUGCUCUGGCAAUAGCAAAAAUGCUAUCUGUACCAAUAGUAAUGUCUUACCAUACGCACGUCCCUGUAUACAUCCCAAGAUACACUUUUAGUUGGUUGGUCCAACCAAUGUGGUCAGUAAUAAGAUUUCUUCACAGAGCGGCUGAUCUUACAUUAGUUCCCUCCGCUGCCAUUGGAAAAGAUCUUAUAGCAGCUGGUGCAACUGCAGCCAAUCAACUUCGACUUUGGAACAAGGGUGUCGAUUCAGAAAGCUUCAAUCCCCGUUUCCGUUCUCAAGAAAUGCGUAUAAGACUGAGUAAUGGCGAACCAGAAAAGCCACUAGUGAUCCAUGUAGGCCGUAUCGGCGUAGAAAAGAGUUUGGAGCUUCUAAAAAGUGUAAUGGACAAAUUACCUGAAGCUCGGAUUGCUUUCAUUGGAGAUGGACCAUACAAAGAGGAUCUUGAGAAGUUGUUUACCGGGAUGCCAGCGGUUUUCACCGGAAUGUUACAAGGCGAUGAACUCUCACAAGCUUACGCAAGCGGAGAUGUGUUUGUGAUGCCAUCAGAAUCAGAGACACUUGGCCUUGUGGUUCUUGAGGCAAUGGCUUCCGGACUUCCCGUUGUUGCGGCUCGUGCCGGUGGAAUCCCUGAUAUAAUUCCUGAAGACCAGGAGGGCAAAACAGGGUUUUUGUUCAACCCUGGAGAUGUGGAAGACUGCGUGACAAAGCUGAGAACUUUGUUACACGACAGUGAAAAAAGAGAAAUCAUUGGAAAAGCGGCAAGAGAAGAAACCGAGAAGUAUGAUUGGAGAGCAGCAACGACAAAGAUACGCAAUGAACAGUACAGUGCAGCGAUUUGGUUCUGGAGGAAGAAGAAAGCUGAGGUUUUGGGACCAGUGCAUUGGUUGGUUAAACGACUGUUUCCGGUGCCGGAAGUUAACGCGUAGAAGAAGCAAUAAAAGAGGAAUUGGUUUGUAAUGUGAAGAUUUAAGCUGAAAAUCCUCUGUUUGGUUAAUGGUGUUUUAUCUUAUACUUGGAUUGCUUGUUGCUUAUGUGUUCAUGAAAAGGGCUUGACGUUGUAAGAUAUGUAUCUAUGUCUAAUGUGGGUUUAAAACCUUGUUUGGACUUUGGCCUCUAGGGUUUUAGUACUUUUAGAUCACUACUUUGUGUUUUUAUUUUUACAUAUGCAGGAAACUAUUGUUUUUUUUUCUUGAUUUUGUAUAAAAUGAUUAGCAGCUUGUUUUUA